AUGAUUGAGGCUGUUGAUAGGAUAUUAGUAGUUGAUACCCCUAUUGUGAGUGACACCUCUAUACAAAAAGAGAAUCUUAUAAGCAUAUUUCCUUCCUCUGGAUCUAGUUUGAAUCAACAUGGAGAAAUCAAUUUUGUCAUAGAGACGUGUGAUCAAUACCUACACUUACACAAGUCUUAUAUUUAUAUGGAAUGUGAACUAUUGAAAUCAGAUGACACUGUGUUGGCUGAAACAGAUGAAGUAUCCUUGACUAAUAAUGCACCAAUGUUUUUGUUUGAUAGAACAACUUAUAGCAUGGAUGGUAUGCAAGUUGAAAGUAUAAUGGAUCCUGGUAGAGCUAGUCUGAUGAAGGGGCUUUUAACUUAUAGCAGCACAAUGAAUAAACAGAAUACGUUUGGAUGGAUUCUAGAAACUAAAGAUAUUAUUACAUACAAGAUAAACAAAUAUACAAAAAAUAGAAAAGGAAAGUGCUACAAUAAAAUUGUCUAUGGUAGAAAGCAUCAACUCACUCUCUACAGAUCUCCUGAGAACAAAAAUAAUGCCUUUAUUUCUAGACAGUUGGAAAGUUACAAUAUUCCUAAUGGAAAUAGAGAAUUCACAUGGAAAUUGGGAACGAAAUAUGAUAAAAUAAAGUAUAUUGUGGUUGCUUUGCAGAGCAAUAGAGAUAACAAUUACCUGAAUGCAGAGCGGUAUCCUCAUGAUUGUUUAAAGUUUGAUUUCGACAAAUUCAACGCUGUUCAACAAUACAAUUUUGCUAAAGAGUUUAGAAACAGUUACUAUGAAUCAACAAAAGAUUACAUUUUCAUGGAAGAAGAUGUAUACUAUUACUAUUACCCAUUGUUGGUGUUCGAUGUAUCUAAACAAAAUGAUAGAAUUAUCCAAUCAAGACCUGACGUUACAAUAAAAGCUUCCUUUUCAAAGAGUAUUGUACAAAACACAAAAUGUUAUUGUUUGAUUAUGAGUGAAAAUAUUGUUGAAAUUAAAGAUAAUCGCGUUAAAGUUGUUAGUGUUUAG